UCAAGUCAGUGACGCCAUUGAAAAGGUGCUCUGCCUGUGCUGUGCUCUCUUACGAACCUAUAUUGGUUGGGAUUUGCACUGCACAAAGAAGGGUAAAAAAAUAAAAAAUCUUGAGGAAAAAAUAAAGACAGUCUGAAAUUCCUGAACAACUCCACCAUGGUAGGAGUUAGUUUUAUCUUUGUUGGCCUAUCCUUUCCUUCAAAAACACCAACCCUUUAAACUCUCCAACCAACAGCUCCAAAAAUUAAGAGUAAAAUCAAUAGAAAAACCUGAGAAAGAAAAGAAAACAAACAUCAACACCAACAUCUCAUACACUUGUGUGUCAUAGGGUGGUCUCCUUUGGUGAGAAUUGAGAAGACACUCAAUUCAUCACCUUUUCCCUCUCUCCUUUUCCAAAGAAAAAGAAAAAAAGAAGAUCAAUUCCAAUGGAGGUUUCAUGCAAAAUUUUGAGAAGAUCAAUCCACAGUUUUCUUCAAAACUACCAUUAUUUUACCUCAACUGCAGCUUUUCUAGCCCUUCCUUUCUCCGCAUCAAUACUCCUAUCAGAAGCUUUUGUGCCAGCCUCUUCAUCCCUCUUGCCUCAGAUACACAGUCACCUAAGGACUCUCUUUGAUGCCGCAGGCUUUCCUUCCACAUCACAAUUGUUUACCAUUCUCAACCUUAAGGUUUCUCAAACAAUCACUUCCUCAAUCUUCACCCUUCCCUUUACUCUCACAUUUCUCCUCAUUGCAAAAGCAUCCAUAAUUCAAGCUCUAAAUCACCACAAACCAACUUUGCCAACUUCCUUCACUUCCAUGGUGUUCCAUUACAAGCCUCUUCUACUUACCUACAUCUACAACUCUUUCUUCAUUCUCUCAGCAAAUGCAUCUUGCUUUUGCCUCCUCUUUUUGGCCUUCACCUUUGCUGAAGGGCUGGGAUACACUUCACCAAGUUCCACACUUUUUAUGUCAGCUGCAGCUGCAGUUCUCUUUUCUGUUAUCCUUGCCAAUGCACUUGUGAUUUGCAACAUGGCACUGACACUAUCUGGCAUGGAGGGACAUGGAGGGUACAUGGCAAUUCUGAAGGCCUGUGUUAUGCUAAGGGGAAAGACAUCAAUGGCUUUGUUCCUGGCACUUCCUGCCAAUGUAGGACUUGCUGCCAUUGAGGCCUUGUUCCAGUUCAGGGUUGUAAGAGCCUUUCGCAAUGGUGAAAUGUCAUCAAGGCCUUUUAUGGCUUUAGAGGCCAUUUUCAUUGCCUAUUUGUUCUCAGUUUUCAUCACCAUUGACACAAUUGUGAGCUGCAUGUUUUACAAAAGCUGCAAGGUGGGAUUGAGGGGUGAUCAGGAAGACAAACAUUUUUUGAGGAUUGAAUUCCCUGAGGAGGAGGGCAAUUGUGGUUACAUGGUAUUGAAGAAUUUUGAAGAACUACCUUAAGUAACAUAAGGUAGAAUAUUGUUGUUUUCAAUUUGGUUAUGGCUUUUCUUCUUAUGUUUCCCAAAAGGGAAGGAGCUACAAGUUAUUCAAACUAUAUACUAUGAAUUUGAAAAAUUCAUUCAUGUUACUCGAACCAAAUCGAGCAACUUCUGAAGGCAUAAAGGUUUCAACAGAGGGACCUCAGCUCAACUAUAUGCAGAAACAAGAAGCUAAAGAUUGAUCUACCAUUAUAUUUUAAUGUCUUUCUUUUAUGUUGUUCAAAUGUCUUCUUUUUAUUCCAUCUCUCUACCUUGUAUAUUUAUUAAUCUUUUACUUGUGAAUAAUACAAAAGCUCCUGUUUAUUUCCUUGCGUUUUGUAACAUUUUAGAUAGAUGAAUACUCUCAUCUUAAUGUUA